AUGGUUGCCAACGGGUCCAAUGGGACUUUCUCCCACUACCACGCUGCUUCAACCAGUGAGGCUAUUCAGACAGAGUCCGAGUAUGCUGCCCACAACUACCACCCAUUGCCUGUGGUCUUUGCCCGCGCCCAGGGUACCUCGGUGUGGGAUCCUGAAGGACGUCACUACCUUGACUUCCUCUCUGCCUACUCUGCCGUCAACCAAGGACAUUGUCACCCCAAAUUGAUUGCAGCCCUCGUUGAUCAAGCGUCGCGGGUUACUCUAAGCUCGCGCGCGUUCUACAAUGAUGUUUUCCCCCGCUUCGCUCAAUUCGUCACUAGCUACUUUGGCUUCGAUAUGGUGCUGCCCAUGAACACUGGUGCCGAAGCCGUGGAGACAGGAAUCAAGAUUGCUCGGAAGUGGGGUUACAAGAUCAAAGGUAUCCCAGAGAACCAGGCAAUUGUUCUGAGUGCGGAAAACAACUUCCACGGUCGGACAUUCGCCGCCAUCUCACUGUCAUCUGACCCGGAAUCGCGCGAACAUUACGGCCCUUACCUCCCUGGUAUCGGAUGCACCAUCCCCGGCACCGAGAAGCCUAUCACUUACAACGAUAAGGCUGCCCUCCGUGAGGCCUUUGAGGCGGCUGGACCUAACCUAGCGGCCUUCCUUGUCGAGCCCAUUCAGGGUGAGGCUGGUAUUGUCGUCCCAGACGAGAGUUACUUGCAGGAAGCCCGUGCCCUGUGCGACAAGCACAAUGUGCUCUUGAUCUGUGAUGAGAUUCAAACUGGUAUUGCCCGCACUGGUAAGCUCCUUUGCCACGAGUGGAGCGGAAUCAAGCCCGAUUUGGUCCUUUUGGGUAAGGCCAUUUCUGGUGGCAUGUACCCCGUCUCCUGUGUGCUGGGUAGCAAGGACGUCAUGCUCACAAUCGAGGCUGGUACCCACGGUUCAACCUACGGCGGUAACCCAUUAGGUUGCGCUGUAGCCAUUCGUGCCCUGGAGGUGGUUCGUGAAGAAAACAUGGUGGAGCGGGCUGAAGAACUCGGCCAUAUCUUCCGCAAGGGUCUGGAGGAUCUCAAGUCCCCGCUUAUUCAGACUGUGCGUGGAAAGGGUCUUCUCAAUGCCAUCGUCAUUGACGAGUCCAAGACCAACGGCCACACUGCCUGGGACCUGUGCAUGCUGAUGAAGGAGAAGGGCUUGCUGGCCAAGCCGACCCACCAGAACAUUAUUCGACUUGCCCCACCGCUGGUGAUCACCGAGGAGGAGAUCAAGCAGGCUCUGGACAUCAUCAACCAAGCUGUGACUGAGCUCCCUAACCUGAAGGGUAGCGCUGAGGACCACGUGAUCCCUCCCCCGGAGAAGAAGGUCAAAAUUGGCAUUGAGAACUAA